GGCUCCCUUGGCCCCAAUACAGAACGGGAUUCAUCCCAUGCCUGUUAACAAUUUGCCAAUGGGAUACCCUGUGCUGCAACAGCCUUCGGUUCCUGCUCCUGGUCAACCACAUCUUGAUCCUAUGGGCGGUGGAAUAUCUAGCUGUCAUGUUGUCAAUGGAGUCCCUGCACCAGGCAAUAUCCGACCUAUGCAAAUGAAUUCUGGGAACGACUUGGCGAUGGACAACAAUGCAAGUGAUGUAGCCCAUUCUAUUCCCCCUAGCACUGCCAUGUCAUCUAUGUCAGAUAUGCCCGUCAGUCCCACCUCAGCAGCACCAGGCGGCCAUUUUCCAUUCACUACAUCAGACAUAUCAGGGAUGGGAGUGGAUACAUCUGCACUUGAUACAGCCUUUACAACUGACGUGACAAGUUCAGUAGGAUCACAACUUGGACCUGAUGGUGGGGCUGGAAAUUCUAGAGAUUACCUUAGAUCACUAGUAUGGGUGGACAUUGGGGUGACUUCUCCUCUUCAAGUUUCCAACUUCUAAUCUCGAUUCUUUACGAUCUACAACAGAUUUUUAUGGUUUUUUCACAACUAUAAAAGAUUAUAUAUCAUCUUAUCAUAUUUUUCCUCCCAUUCUCUUCAUAAUCUUAUCUGCUUUCAACCCCUGUUCCUCCUUUUUCAUCUCCGAUGUUCUCUCUCCUUUCUUCACUCUGCAAUAGCAAGUUCGGUGAAUACCGAAAUUAAAAAAAUAAAAACCGUAAUUUUCGGUAUCCAAUACCGAAAAUAUAGAAGGAUUUUGUAUUGGUUUUGGUCACGAAAAAAAGAGGAAAAAAAAAUUGGUUAGUUACUUUCCGGUAUCAGUUUUCACCAAAACCAACAUUUGCCCACCCCUAAUCACUAGAUCAGAUUCAGUGGAAUUUUAGCCUUACAGAUUUAACAGCUGAUCUGUCAAACUUGGGAGGUAAGAAUUCUGUUGUUAUUGCAAGGAAUCAUUCAGGUCAGUUUUUGCUGCUUUCAUGCAUUCAAGCAGUGCAAUAUUCUAGUUUCAUGGAUAGAUGUGCUUCUGCUAAAUCUGGGUGAGGAAAAGGAUUUUAUUUUAUUUUUUUUGGAUUGGCCAAUAGGUAAGGAAAAGGUUUUAACUCACUCUUAUUGGCAUUUAUAAAUUAUACCAUAAUCAUUCUGUAAAUCUUAAAUACUUUCCUUUUAUAGUCAUUCUAUAACAUGUCUUCCUGGGAAUUGUUGCAGAUUUAGGAGCCCUAGGGAACUAUCCUGGUUCUCCCUUUCUUCC